AUGAAUCGCAAAAGCGCUAUCAUUGCCUUGUUGAUGACAAUUGCUCUUAUAAUUACAGCAGUCACGGCUGUUCCUGCGCCCCAAAAAAGAGCUUGUUCUGAUUUCGUUAUCACAUAUCCUAGCGGAGGCGAAAUAUUGAAGAAUGGAUCCAAACAGAAAGUUGUUGUCGAUAUUAAAACCUCAGGCAUAAAAGAAAUUACAGCAGUCGAUCUUUUCUAUAAAAAUGGAACAUAUUACGGCUUGUUAUGGUCUGGAAAUCAAGAUCAAGCAACAGUAACAGCCAACACAAUUACAGUAACGUUUCCCUUGCAAAUCAAUCCGCAAGUUAUUCCCGGAAUAUUUUUCUAUCGAGUAUGGGGACAAGAACCAGCAGGACCAAAUUGCUUUAAGACCAGCAAAGACUUCGCUAUUGAAAAAUAA